CUGGAGUCAAAGGACAAAGCUGCUUGCUAUCACAUUGCGCGUAUUUUUGAGGCUGAAGGGGAUUACAGCAGAGCUGUUGAUUUCUAUACGAAGGCACACGCCUAUAACAGUGCCAUCAGACUAGUGAAGGAGCAUGACAUGCGUGACCUGCUUGCGAACUUAUGUCUAAUGGCUGGUGGCAGUGAGAUUGUUGAGGCUGCUCGAUACUUCGAAGACAUUCCUGGAUACACCCAUCAGGCUGUCAUGCUCUAUCAUAAGGCCGGGAUGAUAGGCAGAGCUCUUGACUUAGCCUUUCGAGCUGAACAGUUUAGCGCCUUGGAUCUUGUCACUAAAGAUCUUCAUGCGGGCUGUGAUCCAAACGUUCUGAAGUUUCGCCAAGCAGUCGAGCUAUGCCACGCUCGCAAUGUGAGGUUGACAGACAAAGUGGCUGAGCUCAUGACACCCACCAAA